UCAAUUUUAUAAACAUUGAGUACAAUUUAUUAAAUAUGGUAUUAAGCUGUGAAAUUCAAUUCAAUGACAAUCCACUCGGCACUUACUUUGCGGGGCAGACAGUUCUUGGCCGUGUAAUAAUAAAUACAGAUAAACAAAGUUUGGUCAAAGCUGUGGUAUUGAAAAUCAGAGGCUAUGCGUCAACAUAUUGGACCGAAUCAACCACUGAUAGCGAAAACAAGUCAGAAACCGAUGAGUAUACUGGCCACGAGGAUUAUAUUAGAUCAAAAGUUGAGCUGCUGAGUGCAGUUGGUACUGAUACAGCCAUUGCUCCGGGCUGUCAUGUGUACAACUUUUCCUGCCAACUGCCUACCGCAUGCCCCUCCUCCUUUGAAGGCAGCCACGGAUGCGUGCGCUAUAUGAUAACAGUAAAGCUGAUCAGGCCCUGGAAAUUGGACAAAACAUUUUCACGAGCGUUUACCGUACUGAAAGUAAUGGACCUCAACCGGGAUGAACUCCUAUUGCGUUCACCAGCCCACGCAGAGAGUCAAAAGACCUACAACUGUUGGCCCUGCAACUCGGAGCCGCUCUUACUACGGUUAUCGUUGCCCCAUCGAGGAUUCGUGCCCGGACAAAGCAUACCACUGGACGUGCUGGUGGCCAACGACAGCCACAUCCAGGUGAAGGAAAUCAAGGCCAGAUUGAUUAUGAUGGUUGUAUACUACUGCCAAAACCGGAUGGGUACUAACAACGAUCGAGUUGUUGUAAGCCGCAAAACUGGAGAGGGCGUCCAUCGAAGCAGCAAGAAGCAAUUUACUUUUGAGCUUCGUGUGCCUGCCACGCCUCCCACCUGCUUUGACCUAUGCAGCAUUAUACAAAUUGGCUAUCAGGUAGAGGUGGAGGUCAAGGUCAAGGGCUGGCAUAUUAACGAGCGCCUGCACCUCCCCGUCACCAUUGGAAAUGUGCCGCUUACUAAUAAACUUAUUCAGCAACCACGCUCCGUUGCAUACGAGGUGCAAGUGCCUCUGCAACAAGUCGAUGAAAAAGCCUUAGUCCUAGUUGAAGCACCAAACGCCGCUCUAGCUCUACCAUCACCCAAUCCCUGGGCUGCAGAUGACAGCAUACCGCCACCCACUUAUGCAGAGGCCAUGCAUUCCAGUGCUGCACCAGCCAAAAGAUCAAGUGAAGAGGAUACACAGAGUUGUAUCUUCAAACCACUAUAUACUGUAUUUAAUAUAUCUAGCCCACUCGACAAUGGGCAAUGUGUCACCACGAGGAACGGUCUUGCUCAUGAAGAUGUCGAUCGCAGCACUUGGUUUUGAACCGAAGCUCAAAAUUGAAAUUACGAAUACAUUUUUUUCAAAUUUAUAUGUACUUACAAAUAAAGAUUAUAAUAAAGUAGUAUGCUUA